AUGUCUGAGCAACCUGAAAACCCGCUCCCGCCUCGCAAUGAAUUCAUACACAAGACGGCGCUCGCUGGAGCAAUCCUAACCCCUCUAGCCAUGCUGCUCCCGCCCAGAAAAGCCGAUAUCCGAUUAUUUGUGCUGGUGGGAACGUUUUCGCUCUGCACCAACCAGCUUGCGUACGAAUACACAGGACAGUCUGUCUACGGCCGGCUUGGAAGUCGAGUGGGAUCAAUAUUCGAUACGGGCUUGCCGGAGGGCGCAAAGAGGACCCAGCAGCUGUUAAGGGAGCAAAAGGAGAGAGAGGCUGCGCAUAAGCAAAAGCAGGAAGAGAGUAAAAAGUCUGUGCUCAAGGAUAUCUGGAUGGGCGGCGAAAGCGAGGGUUGGAAAGAGAGGAGAGCGGAAGAGCACAACAAGAGCUUUCAGGAGGGCAAGGGCAUGAGCGAUAUCAUCUUUGAGCAGAUUGCCGAUGUGUUUAGUGGAAACUGGAGAGGGAAGGGAAAGGCGGACGAAGAAGCUUCUUCGUCUGAUGACUCGCAGGGAGAAAGGAAGAAAUAG